AGAUGCAGCAGUUAUGAGAAGACCUGCUACGUGGAUUCAUGCCUGUCAACAUGGCUCCAAACUCAGAAAUUCUUCGCUUUAAGUUUACGAGCUACGGAGAUUCUAUGCUGCAGAAAAUGAACGUGUUGAGGCAGCAAAACCGAUUCUGCGACGUGACGAUAAAGAUCAACAACGUGGCCUUUGUGGGACACAAAAUCAUCCUCGCCGCCUGCUCUCCCUUCCUGAGGGACCAAUUCCUGUUAAACGAGUCAAAGGAAGUGAGAAUCUCCCUAUUACAGAGCUCUGAGGUGGGGGAGCAGAUCCUCCGCUCCUGCUACACGGGGGCCCUGGAGUUUCCUGUCAAGGAGCUGGUGAACUACCUAACGGCGGCCAGCUACCUUCAGAUGGGCCACAUUGUGGAGAGGUGCACUGAGGCCCUGACCAAGUACAUUGAGCCAAAGUUAUUAUCGGACGACCUGGGACAGGCGAGUUGCUGUGCAGAGCAGUCGCAGGACGUCCCAUCGCCCAACAGCGAGAGGAACCAGCUGGGUGACCUCUCGCCCUCCGGGGACGUGUCUGACUGCGACACAGACUCCGAGGACAGCAACAUUCGCAUUGUCAAAGUCGAGUCACUGACCAGCGAUGUCCAGGAGGCGGAGAGCGGUACCUUGAGGCAGCUCCGAGCCGAGCUGGGCCGCGCCAGCGAGCGACGUGUGGCCAGUCCUCCCGAGCCACAGCAUUCCCUGGUCAACUCCACUGUGGACUCCAGAGGCCACAAGGCCGGGAGCUGCCUGCAGAGCUACGGGGGCUCUCGGCCUCGGGUGUCCGAGGUGGUGAACGGCACCAGCUUCAUGUUGGCCGCCAAUGAGUUUGAGCUGCAGGGUUUGAGCAGCUUCCCCAGCGAGGACCUCACGGGUGCCGGGGGGUUCCUGUUCCGGCGGAACCGUGGGACCAAACUGUUUGCCAACAAGGCUCUGUACACCAGUCAUUACAAAGCCCAGGACAAGUGGCUGCAGAAGCCCCAUCAGUGCAGCAAGUGCGGCAAGAUCUUCCAUCACCUAGAAAACUUUAUCAGCCACUUGAAAACACACAAACUCUUCCUGUGCCUCCGGUGCGGCAAGAUUUUCACCCAGAAAAGCAACUUGACGCGACACAUCCGGGUCCACACGGGGAUUAAGCCCUAUCAGUGCACCAUCUGUGGCAAGACCUUCACCCAGAAGUGCUCCCUCCAAGACCAUCUGAAUCUCCACAGCGGAGACAGGCCACACAAGUGUAAUUACUGUGACGUGGGCUUUGCCCACAAACCGGCUCUCAGACGGCACCUGAAAGAACAGCACGGGAAGAAAUGUGUUGAUAAUGUCACUGAAGGAAGUAUUCAGGAAAUCAGUCUGGAGGUCAACACCAUUGACUAAAUGUGGCAAUGUGUGGGAGCCUGUCCCACAGCAUAAAUCUAACAGUCGGGGUGGAUUAUUCCUAGAUCUAAGACACAAAUUUCCAGCUAGUCUUAGCCUGUCAGACCAUUUUGUCUUUGAUUUUUAGUAAAUUUAAAAA